AGAUCAUACCGCUUGGAGAUAGUUCAACAUCCAGCGAAAACUGCGGAGUUCAGGGAUUCUACCCUGACUCGGCUACCAUUGGCGCCGCCGCUUAUUGCUCGCCUGCUCAUUCCAGACCAGUCUGAGGUGGCGGCCGUGGACGAUGCAGAUCUUCCGUUCUUGGUUGCCCAAUUGUCGCUGCUCUCCAGCGAUGGGAGUGCAUCCGCAGAUAUUUCUCAGACGUCGGGCGGACCUCAGCGACUGCUAUAUGGAAAUUUGGUCGCCUCGCCACAGGUUCUGCACAACCUGCAAGGGAAAAAAGGAGUGUACUUCAUCUUUCCAGACGUCAGCAUCAGAUGGCAGGGACAGUACCAACUCUCAGUCGCAUUGCUCAGACUACCGAGGCAAUCAUGUCUCUCAUGCCCCUGGUACAGUCCUCUGACUCUCCUAUCGAUAGAUUGGAUCUAUUAG